ACAGCCAUUUUGAAUCAGUUUUGCUUUUAUUGAGUUUGCAUUGUUGAAAUUUUCAUGUUGGAAAAUAACAGAUAGUAAAAAAUGAAGAUUACAAUAACUACAUGUUGAGAAUUACUAAAUAUUGACGAUGUAUCAAGAUUGUGGAUGAAUUUUGUUGUAAUGAAAUGAUUGAAAACAUUUCUUUACAAGUUUGGCAACACUGAUUAUUGUCACUUUCCGUCAAGUCGCAAAGGAUCGUUGUGUUUUCUAACCAAAGCUUGUUUAUUGUUGUGUGAAAACUAUACAAUUGUCGAUUUUUCUUUGAUUUUUUGUGUUUUUCCUCGCUUAAAAACCUUAUCAACAUGAGCAAGGCACACGCUCCCGAUCUCAAAAAGUACUUGGAAUCGCACUUGUCGGUGAAAUUGAACAGUGGAAGACAGGUGACCGGCAUCCUUCGUGGUUACGACCCUUUCAUGAACAUGGUAUUAGCCGACGCUGUAGAAGAAAGAAAAGAUGGAGAAAAAGUGAACAUGGGUAUGGCUGUGUUGAGAGGUAACAGUAUCAUCAUGAUGGAAAUUUUGGACAGGAUAUAAUGAAGGUGUAUCAACUCGUCAACUGUAUGUAUUCCCAAUACCUCUUCAAAAAUACCUUCUCUACAUAAGGAACAAUUCAAUGUACGGUAUUCAGUUUACUCUACUUUUUUAUUACCUGAAAAACUCAAUAGUAGUAUCCCUCAUCUAUCUCUACUUCUCUCAAAUCUAUGAACUCUCAAUAUUGGCAAUGCUCAUUUAAUUAUAGCCAACCUGACGUCAUUCAUGUUACCCCAAUUUCUCUUGAUUAUUGUGAUUUUUCUAGUUUCCUGUACAAGUAUAAAAUACAUCUUUUUAUAAU